CCUCUACAGCUCUUCUUUCUUAACAGAUUGAAUAUUGUUGGACGCACGCAGAAAUUAAUAAUGACAACGCAGUAGAGAGGACAGUGUUUUUCUUUACACGUUUGAAGAGAAAUGUACAAGUUUUAAAGUUUAAUGUACACCUGUUUUUCUUACACAGCUAAAUGUCAUUACUUCUUGUUUGUGUUCUAAUGUGUUGUCUUGUCUUCUUAUAGCCUUGACUUUGACUGAUGUAAACAGAAGAAUGGACCGGUUUAUGUUUGAGUAGUGUUGUGGUAAUGCGGUAUAUGGAUUAGUAAAUAUUGAAACUGUAAUGUUUUCCUAAGUGCCGUGUGUUCACACGUCUUACGUGUCAGCUAUUGCCUGCCUUUGUAAUCAAAAUGCGUAAUUAGUUGAAAUAUGUGGUACGAAACUAUUGGUCGUUUUAGGGUAUAACAAUGUAUUACCUAUGUUAAUGAAGUUACAUUAUGGUUUAUAGGUUAGGUAAAUAAUACAAUCAUAAUAUGCCUGUAGGGUUUCGUGAUUAUUUUCAUAUUGCUCUCCUAAUUUUUUGUGUUCCAUUUCAGUAUUAUUUUUCUAUUAAAAAAGAUGUUAGUAAUACUCCAAAGCAAAUUCUUGAAGUAGUUAGUGAAAUAAAAAACGUUAAAGAAAAUUGGUUCACCUUGGAAUCGUGGAAAAAUACUUGGAAGAAUUCCUUAUCAUGGGUUAUUAUGAUCAACUGUAGUGAAGUUUUAAUCCCGGCAACUAGCGCUGAGACAAUUGGAAGCUCGUAUAGGGCCAUGAAAUGAAGUAUAAAAAGUGGCAUACCAACCGACGUGCUUGCAGAUCAUCUCUUCAUGAAAAAGAAAUCAGACCGAGAAGCUGCACAAGAAUCUCCAGCAAUAGAAGUACUAGAAUACAGAAAAAAACAUGGUGUGAAAGAUAAAACUAUUAAAAUACAUGACAUGAGAUCACCAGGACUUUGGUUCCGAGUGGGGCAGGUUGUUCAACACAUUUAUGAAGGUUAUAAAGGAGUUAUUAUUGAAUGGGAGUUUGAUUCAAAGAGUUCAAGCACUCCCAUGUACAAAGUUCUUGUGGAUGAAGAUACAACAGAUGAGAAUUUUUCAAGUGUUGUAAAUGUAGUACAGGACCAACUUUAUUUACUAAAAAAUACAAAGGUGAAAAAUCGGCUUUUGAAAAACUACUUUACUGCUUUUGAUGGAACGCAGUAUAUCCCUCAACCCUGGUUGCAAGAACUCUUCCCAAAGGACUGACUAGAGAUUUCUCUAUGUGGUAGCAAUCAAUAAGAACUGCAAUAGUGGCAUCAUAAAAAACAAGUAAAGUGUUUAAUAUCAGACAACUUAGGGAGAAUUUACUCACAUUUUUAUUUUAACCAGUUAACUAAUCUUUUUUAUGUCAAAUGCUCUGACAAAUCUUAAUAAACUUCUCGUACCUAUCGUUGUGACUUCAUAAUCUUUGAUUAUAAAAAAAAACAAACACAACAAAAAUUGUGUUGUUUAAAAAUUUAACAUGUACAAAUUUAAUCCGACCAUGUAUAUCUAAUCUCAAAUUUCUUUACAAUAAUUAAGGUAACAGUCCAACAAUACAAUAAAUAAAACAUUAUUAUAAAUGUGUUAAUUUAUUUACAUUAUUAUAUUUUGUCAGUGUGCUGAUAGUCUAUAAACAAAUUAUCGAAUAAUGCAAUUAAUAAAACCUAUUAUUAAUAUUAA